UGCAAAUUUUGGUUAAAAAUUUGCUGUUGUCAAUUUUGACAGAAAAUUAGUACAAAAAUAAAAUAUUAUUAUAGUUCCAAAAUUGAAGGUAAAAGUUGUGCGUAAAAUUAAAAAUAAGAUGGCUACGAGAACUAUAGCAAGUGCGACUGUGCGGGCUGUAAAGAAACGAAUGCUGCCUUCUAGAGCAGCUCUUAUAUUAACCCCAUCAGCUGUUCAAAAAAUUAAAGAAAUUAUGGCAAAGGAAGAGGCUAAAGGUUUUAUUGGCUUAAAAGUUGGUGUUAGACAAAGAGGUUGCAAUGGAUUGUCUUAUACUCUUGAUUAUGCUUCUGCUAAAGGAAAACUUGAUGAAGAAGUAAAACAAGACGGUGUGACUAUUAUAAUUGACAAAAAAGCACAGUUGACAUUAUUAGGAACUGAAAUGGAUUUUGUACAAGAUAAGCUGUCAGCAGAAUUUGUGUUUAAUAAUCCCAACAUCAAAGGCACAUGUGGUUGUGGAGAAUCUUUCAGUGUAUGAAUAAUCCCAAAUUAAUUAAUAUGAUAUAGUAUUUUUAAAAUCAUAUGAAUGCUUUAAACAUACCAAGCAUAUAUUAUUUUGCAUGGUAUGUUAAAAGAAGUGUUCAUGAUUUUAUUUUUAAAAAAUCUAAAAAAAGCAUUGUUAAAUUUUUACAGUUAUUUUUUUAUUAUAUUUUAUUUUUGGAAAAAAACACACUGGGUU